AUUGAAGUUUUGAAGGAUGGGUAAAGACUUUCGUUAUUAUUUCCAGCAUCCCUGGUCUCGCAUGAUUGUGGCUUACUUGGUGAUCUUCUUUAACUUCUUAAUAUUUGCGGAGGACCCAGUUUCUCAUAGCCAAACAGAAGCCAAUGUUAUUGUUGUUGGAAACUGUUUUUCGUUUGUAACAAAUAAAUACCCUAGAGAAGUUGGCUGGAGGAUUCUGAAGGUGCUUCUAUGGCUACUGGCCAUUCUCAUAGGACUAAUAGCUGGCAAAUUUCUGUUCCAUCAACGUUUGUUUGGUCAGUUGCUCCGGUUAAAAAUGUUUCGAGAGGAUCAUGGGUCAUGGAUGACAAUGUUCUUCAGCACAAUUCUGUUUCUCUUCAUAUUUUCUCACAUAUACAACACGAUUCUUCUAAUGGAUGGGAACAUGGGAGCAUAUAUCAUUACAGACUAUAUGGGCAUCCGAAAUGAAAGUUUCAUGAAAUUAGCUGCAGUAGGGACCUGGAUGGGGGACUUUGUCACAGCCUGGAUGGUCACUGAUAUGAUGCUUCAGGACAAACCCUAUCCUGAUUGGGGAAAAUCUGCAAGAGCUUUCUGGAAGAAAGGAAAUGUUAGGAUCAUUUUAUUCUGGACGGUUCUCUUUACUCUGACUUCCGUGGUUGUACUUGUCAUUACAACUGACUGGAUCAGCUGGGACAAGCUGAAUCGGGGUUUUUUGCCCAGUGAUGAAGUUUCCAGAGCAUUCCUGGCUUCUUUUAUCUUGGUCUUUGACCUCCUUAUUGUAAUGCAGGACUGGGAAUUCCCACAUUUUAUGGGAGAUGUUGAUGUAAAUCUUCCUGGGUUGCACACUCCUCACAUGCAGUUCAAGAUUCCUUUCUUCCAAAAGAUCUUCAAGGAGGAGUAUCGUAUUCACAUAACAGGUAAAUGGUUUAACUACGGAAUUAUCUUUCUCGUCUUAAUUUUGGAUCUUAAUAUGUGGAAGAACCAAAUAUUUUAUAAGCCUCACGAAUACGGACAGUACAUUGGCCCAGGGCAGAAGAUAUACACAGUGAAAGACUCAGAAAGUUUAAAGGAUUUGAACAGAACCAAACUUUCCUGGGAAUGGAGGUCCAAUCACACUAACCCUCAGACUAACAAAACCUAUGUUGAGGGAGAUAUGUUCUUACACAGCAGGUUCAUAGGGGCUAGCCUUGAUGUCAAGUGUCUGGCUUUUGUUCCAAGUUUAAUAGCUUUUGUGUGGUUUGGAUUCUUCAUUUGGUUCUUUGGACGGUUUCUGAAAAAUGAGCAAGGCAUGGAGAAUCAAGACAAAACUUACACUCGCAUGAAAAGAAAAUCACCGUCAGAACACAGCAAGGACAUGGGAAUCACUCGAGAAAACACGCAGGCCUCAGUGGAAGACCCACUGAGCGACCCUCCCUUGGUCUGCAUCAGAUCCGACUUCAACGAGAUUGUCUACAAGUCUUCCCACCUCACAUCGGAAAACUUGAGCUCGCACUUGAAUGAAUCUACCAGUGCGACAGAAGCUGAUCCAGACCCAACGACUUCUAAAAGUACGCCUACGAACUAGAUUCCCUUACUUGGAGAUAGCACAAAAAAGCAAAUUUGAGUGUAACUUUAAAAAAGUUAGUCUUUCCUUUUGUAAAUGUAAGGUUUACGUAGUGUUAGGUAAAGAAACACGAACAAUGCUACAACGGUGCUCAACAUGCUUUUUCUAGGACUCAUUGUUUUCUAUUUGUAUUAUAAUACACGUGCCUACUGUAUAUCUAACGUCCUCUAGAGAUUGCUUUUCACAAUUGCACAAGCUAUUUACUGACUUUACAGCAUAGUAGACGAUUAGCUGAUUACCCGUGUAUCUGAUGUUCAACCAUAGUGGUGCCUUGAGACAUUAAACUGUUUUUAACUGUACCAGAACUGAAGUGUGUAACAGUCCUCAAACCUACUUCACAUGGUUUUUUUUUUUGUAUACAAUUAUUUUGAUCUACAUUUGAUGUCUUAGCAGGAAAAAGAUAUAGUUGUGAUGUGGCUUAGGAAGUAUCUCUUGUUUCCUAUUCAGCAGUGGAGUUGGUGACUUUGACAGCAGGAUUACACAGAGGCCUGCUGAUAACCUUUGAAUUUGUUUUGGCUAUCUGCCAAAUACAAAUACAGAUUCGAAAUUCAGUAUGAGGAGAACGAUAAUCCAGCAUGGGUCACUACCUGUGAAAUGUGGCUUUCUCCAACCAGUAAUUGCAAUUAGAUGAUAAUACCUAAUUAUGUUUUCCUAAUUAAAGAUAAAUUGCUACUUGAUUAAAUAUCCUGCCCUUCACCUAUGGGAACAAAGGUUAAGAGGCACAGUUGGGUGAACUCUCAAAUUUAUUGGCAUUUACACAAAGCGCUAGAAAACCCAAGGGACUGAAGUUUUAAUCAUGUGAGAGUUGUACUAUCUGCAAUAUUUGUACAUCUUUCUGUAAAUAUGGCUCUGGACAAUGAAAAUUGAAAAACAUAUGCCAACCCUGAAUAAGGGAACUCCUCUAAAAAUCAUGCAGCAGAACCUUGUGAGGUAGAAAAAGAUGUGCAUGAAAGAAUCUAUUCAAGUAGCUUGUUUUGUGUGUGCAUUUUUUUAAAGAAUUAA